UUAAUAAAUAGAUAGGAAAUAGUCAUCCUGAACUAGCGGAAAAAGUUGCGAAGAGGAUUGGUAUUACAGUUGGUAAAAUAAAUGUUACAAAAUAUUCUAACCAGGAGAUGGCUAUUUCAAUAGGUGAAUCUGUGAGAGAUGAAGAUGUUUUUAUUAUUCAAACUGGAUGUGACUCUGUUAAUGAUCAUUUAAUGGAAUUACUUAUCAUGAUUAAUGCUUGUAAAACUGCAUCUGCUCGUAGAAUUACUGCUGUUAUACCUUGUUUCCCAUAUUCGAGACAAGAUAAAAAAGAUAAAAGUCGUGCACCCAUAACUGCAAAGUUAGUUGCAAAUAUGCUCCAGACCGUUGGAUGUAAUCAUAUAAUUACUAUGGAUCUUCAUGCUUCUCAAAUUCAAGGAUUUUUUGAUGUUCCUGUUGAUAAGUAUCUUUUUGCUGAGCCAUCAAUGCUUAAAUAUAUUCAAGAAACGGUUGAUUAUAAAAAUGCUGUGAUUGUUUCUCCUGAUGCUGGGGGUGCAAAAAGAGCUACUGCUAUUGCUGAUCGUCUUGAUCUCGACUUUGCUCUUAUUCAUAAAGAACGACAAAAAGUAAAUGAAGUUUCAAGAAUGGUUUUAGUUGGAAAUGUUAAAGGAAAGGUUGCUAUUCUUGUUGAUGAUAUGGUAGAUACUUGUGGAACAUUGUCUCAUGCUGCUGAGACUCUUAUGAAUAAUGGCGCAUUAUCUGUUUUAGCUGUAGUCACGCAUGGAAUCUUAAGUGGAAAUGCAAUUCAAUAUAUAAACGAAAGCCAAUUAGAAAAGGUGGUAGUUACAAAUACAAUUCCUCAUGAUGAUAAAAAAGCUUUAUGUAGUAAAAUAGAAACAAUAGAUAUUGCACCUGUAUUAGCUGAAUGUAUUCGGCGAAUACAUUAUGGCGAAAGCGUAUCUGUUUUAUUUACACAAGCACCUUUAUAA